CUGCAGCCUGCAAUUGCAAACCCUACCAAAGCACUCUGCCGGUGACCUGUGAGCGACAGAGUGAGCGAGUCCCCAAGCUCAAAACCAGAAGUGAAACAAAUUGGGGUCUGUCGCAGAAGCAAACACUUAGGAUUGGACAUGGCACCUAUUGAUGAAAGUAUCACUCUCAAAAGAAAGCAAGUGAUAGCAUCAGCUCUCGUCAAGCACCUCUCUCUAGAUCCUGGAACUUCUUUGGGUGUCAGUGGCAAGGAUGAUAUUAUGAGCUUGUAUACAAAGAUUUUGAAGUCAUCAGGAAAACCUUUUCUGCAGAAAGAAAAUGAGGAGGUGAUGAAGUGGAUAGAGUUUGCAGAGAGUUUUCCUGUAGACUGUCAGGCGUGCUUAGAUGCUCUCACUGGAUUCAAUCAAGACUUGGCUCAGAAGUCUAUACUCUUGGGCAAUGGAACUACACCCUCUGAGGCUGAUGUCAUUGUGUUUUCUGUUAUACAUUCUUCAGUGAUUGGCCUUUCACAUUUAGAGAGAGAGAAAUUGACACAUGUGAUGAGAUGGAUGGAUUACAUUCAGCACAAGGAGGAGUUUGCGGAUCUGUUUGAAAAGAUAUUGCUCAAAAAACCUGCAUUUGAGUUUCUGAAAAAGGUUACAGAAAAUAAGGAACCUGUGCCAGAGAAAAAGAAACCGUCUGAAAAGGAACCUGCUGAGAAAGAUAAAGAACUAAGUGUUAGUUUGCUGAACAUACAGGUUGGCCUUAUUCGCAAAGCAUCGAAACAUCCAUCUGCUGAUAGUUUAUUGGUUGAGGAGAUAGAUGUUGGGGAUGCAAAAUUGAGGCAGGUGGUCAGUGGUUUGGCAAAGUAUUACAGUCCAGAUGAGUUGACGAAUCGUCGUGUUGUGCUGAUAACAAAUGUAAAACCUGGAAAGCUACGAGAUGUGAUGUCAGAAGGACUGGUCCUGUGUGCUUCUAAUGAGGAUCACAGUGUGGUGGAGCCCCUGCUCCCUCCAGAAGGUGCUAAAAUAGGAGAACGUGUCUCAUUUUCAGGGAUUGAUGGUAAGCCAGAAGAUGUCCUAAAUCCAAAAAAGAAGCAGUUGGAGAAAAUAACACCGAAUCUUUUCACCGAUGACAAGGGUGUGGCCGCAUUUAAGGGCAUACCAUUUAUGACAUCUGGUGGGCCAUGCACAUCAUCCAUUCCAAAGGCAAGCAUCAAAUGACGACAGUGACCAAUUGGACCACAUUGUAGCUUACUGUUUACUGGUUAUAUAAAUUUUAGCUUUAAGCUCUAUUUGUUAUCUAGUACAAGAAAACACAUGUUAAAACAGCCAGGGGUUUUGAAUCAUGUAGUAACAUCAUCAGAUUCAAAUGGUCGCAUUCAUUUGGAAUCUGAUGUUGCACAAAAUUCAGCAAGGUGAGUUUUUAAUCACAUUAGCAAUUGUUAAAUCAAUACAAAUUUUGAGCUGUCCUGCAAUUUGAUGUAUUUAGCAAAGUUGGAAACC